UUCUUCCUGGUCACUUUCAAAUCUCUCUCAAACCCAAAACGCUUCACUUUCACUCAAAACGAAGCCAUUCCCUUCCAAAAUGCCGUUCAUUUCGGAUACAGCGAGCGCUAUCAAGAGCCGUUUUGGCUACCAUAACCAGUCAUCUUCAUCUGAGUCGGUCUCCUUGUCGUCGGUUCGUAAUUCGCCGGAUCUUCUGGGGAAAUCGGCAGUGAAGGAGAAUCCCGGCCAUUUCACUGCUGUCGCAUCCGCAAUUCCGAGCAUCAGUGAGUGGGACGAAGAUUUGACUGAAAGUACAGGAGGAGCGCCGCAGUCGUCCCAGAGCUUUGAGUUCCAUGAAGAUCCAGCAUUUUGGAAAGACCACAAUGUGCAGGUUAUCAUAAGAAUUCGUCCCCUUAGUAGUUCUGAGAUUUCACUACAAGGCAAUAGCAAGUGUAUUAGGCAAGAAAGUUGCCAGACAAUUACUUGGAAGGGGCACCCAGAAUCUCGUUUUACAUUUGAUCUUAUUGCUGAUGAACAUGUUAGCCAGGAGAAUCUCUUCAAAGUAGCUGGAUUGCCUAUGGUGGAAAAUUGCAUGGGAGGCUACAACAGCUGCAUGUUUGCAUAUGGCCAAACUGGGAGUGGGAAGACUCACACAAUGCUCGGAGACAUUGAAGGAGGGACUCGGAGGCACAGCGUCAACUGUGGGAUGACACCUAGGGUGUUUGAGCACCUAUUUUCAAGAAUACAAAAGGAAAAAGACAAUCGUAAAGAUGAGAAAUUAAGAUUUACAUGCAAAUGCUCUUUUCUGGAAAUCUAUAAUGAACAAAUUCUUGAUCUCUUAGAUCCAUCAUCAACCAAUUUACAGAUAAGAGAAGACAUAAAGAAAGGGGUUUACGUUGAGAAUCUUAAGGAGAUGGAAGUUACAAGUGCACGGGAUGUGAUUCAACUGCUCAUUCAAGGUGCAGCAAACAGAAAGGUGGCUGCGACUAACAUGAAUUGUUCUAGUAGUCGUUCUCACAGCGUAUUUACAUGCAUAAUUGAAAGCAAGUGGGAGUCUCAAUCUGUAAGACACCACCGCUUUGCUCGGCUUAAUCUUGUUGAUUUAGCAGGCUCAGAAAGACAAAAGAGUUCCGGGGCUGAAGGUGAACGCCUCAAGGAGGCUACUAAUAUUAACAAGUCUCUUUCAACAUUGGGAUUUGUGAUAAUGAACCUUGUAAAUAUUUCCAAUGGGAAGUCUCUCCAUGUACCUUAUCGAGAUUCAAAACUCACUUUUUUUCUUCAGGAUUCUCUAGGAGGAAACGCAAAAACAACAAUAAUUGCGAAUAUUAGUCCCUCUAAUUGUUGUUCACUGGAGACACUAAGUACGUUGAAGUUUGCACAGCGGGCUAAAUUUAUUAAGAACAAUGCAGUGGUGAAUGAAGAUGCAUCUGGAGAUGUUGUUGCUAUGAGGCUGCAAAUUCAACAGCUGAAGAAAGAAGUAUCUCGUCUACGAGGUUUUGUUAAUGGCAGAAUUGAAAAUCUAGAUAGUGAUAGUUUGACAUCAAGUGUUCCAGCAUCUCCAGGGCCCUUAAAGUGGGAAGGUCUUCAUGGAUCAUUCAGUCCACUUACAUCUGAUAAAAGGAUGUCUCAGAAAAAAGAUUACGAAGUUGCACUUGUUGGGGCCUUCAAGAGGGAAAGAGAGAAUGAAGCUGCUUUACAGGCCCUGACAGCAGAAAAUCAGGCAGCUUUGCAGUUGGCAAAACAGAGAGAAGACGAGAUCCAAAGCUUGAAAAGCAUGAUGUCUGCAGGGACCCAUUACAAGAAGGAAGAAUACUUGAAGGAAAUUGAGGUUUUAAGAGCUCAAGUUGAUCGCAACCAAGAAGUCACUAGAUUUGCCCUGGAGAAUUUGCGACUGAAGGAGGAGAUUAGAAGAUUAAAGUCCCUUUGUGAUGAAGGCCAGCUGGAGAUGAAGAAUGAACAGAUUAAGGCAUUACACAAUAAGUUGCUAGAGGCACUAGAUUGGAAACUUAUGCAUGAACCAGAGUCCUUAACCAUUGAGAAAACAAAUUCUAAAGUGGUGUCUGGAGUUUCUGAUGAUCUCAGUGCACUGAGACAGGAUUCAGCUUGGUCCUCUAGCCACAAGGAGGAAAAUGAAUUUCUUAGAAUGCAGGCCAUUCACAACAAGUCGGAAAUGGAUGCACUCCAGAAAAAACUUGAAUUUUGUCUGGAAGAGAAGGAAGAGUUGGAGAGGUAUGUGAGUGAUUUACUUAACAAACUUGAAGAAGAACGGUCUUCAAGAUCUGCGAAGGAAGCUAUACAACAAACAGAACUUCGUUCAUUGUCAGCGGAUGUGCCAACUAUCAUCACUCCUAAUGACCAAGUGGAGCUUAAAACAAUGGUUGAUGCCAUAGCAGCUGCAAGUCAGAGAGAAGCAGAAGCUCAUGAGAAGGCGUUUAAGUUAUCCCAAGAGAACGAUGAAUUACGAUCCAAGCUUAAGGGCUAUGUUGAGGAUAAUAAGCAACUCCUUGAAUUAUUUGAACAGAAAGCUUCUGAAAGAAAUUGUAAAGGUUUGAAUGAAGGAGACAUUAAUGAUGUUGGUUUACAUGAAAAUGGUGAAGAAGAGCUGGUCAAGCUGAAGAAAGAUGUCGAUAACCUUGAGCAACAGCUUACUGAAAUGCAUGAAGAAAAUGACAAAUUGAUGGGUUUGUAUGAAAGAGCAAUGCAGGAGAGAGACGAGUUCAAACGAAUGUUUUCCUCUUUGGGAACUCCGAACAGAAAGGAGCCUAGAGAAUGCCUUGAGAAGCUAAUUGAAUUCGAUGAAGGCGAAGGCAGCUUGAAUAAACCUCAAGUGCAGUUUGAGUCAAAGGAUUUAGAGGGGGGAACUGCCCCCUUUUGUUCACAUGAGCAGAAUGCAGGUGAAAGUCCAACGUUGUCUGAGGUGAUUCUAAAUGUUGACAAUACACAUUUGGAUCUUCAGUCAGAAGCAGGGAAUCACAUGGAAUGCCUUGAGAAGCUAGUUGAAGUCAGCUUGGGUGAACCUCAUGUGCAGUUUGACUCAAAAGAUUUGGAGGGGGAAACUGGUACCCUCUUUUCACAUGAGCAGUAUGCAAGAGAAAGAAAGUUGUCUGAAGUGAUUCUGAAUGUCGACGAUGCACAUUCGGAUAAUCAGUCAGAAGCAGGGAAUCACAUGGAAAUAGACCAACCAGAUACCGCUGCUGCAAAGUUUUCCGAAGAUUUAUAUUCUGCAAGAGCAAUACUGAAACAGGCAAACAAAAGACUUUUGGAUUCUGCCAAGACAGUUACUGAAUUCAGCUCCCUUGAGAAAUCGUUCCGUGAGAUCGGUAACCUUUCCAGAGAAAUCGAACUGAUGGAAAGUGGAAUAAAGGAGAAACAACGACACCUUGAAUCUGUUGCAAUCAUUUCUUCCAAAACAAAAGAAAGAAAAGCUUUAACUGAAAGUAAGUUAUCAUCACUCAAAUACUCUAUUUCAAGCUUUUCUUCUUCAGUUGCUUUCUUCGAACAGCGAGAAGCUCAAGCAAGGUCGAAAUUAAAUGCCUCAUUGUCCUACUUGGACAACAAGAAACAAGAACUGGUCAAUCUUAAGAACGCCAAGGUUGAAAUCGAGGCGUCCUUGAAUGAGACACAGGAAUCUGAAUCAGCAACAAGGAACAACAUUGCCCUUUUGAAAUCAAAGCUUGAGGAAGAACACAAAAGACAAGAGAAUGACAAGGUUUUAUUCGCCAUUGAUAACUUGGAUAAAGUCGAUCCCGCGCAGAGAAACUUAUGUUUGGGUGGCAAAGCUACCGAUUUACUGAAGAUUGAAGAAGAGAAAAGCAAGCUGCAAAACGAGAUCAAGUCAUCCCGCAAAAGCUUGGCAGCCAUCAAAAUGAGACACCAGGAUUUGAACAAUAAGCUGAUAAAGGUAGAACACGACAUAGAAGCUGUCUCAAUGGAAAUACAAAAAGGAUCAAAGUCGAUGGACGAGUUAAAGCUUGCCAUGGAACGUGCAAUCCAAGAAAAAGAGACCCUCCUCGAAACUUCCGAGAAUGGGAAAUCUGAAAUCGAUAGUCUGAUCUUAGAGUAUCAGCAGAAUAUUUUUGAUGAAGGUCUUGUCGAGGCGGAGAUGAAGGCCGUUGAUGAAGAACUGAAGCCGGAGAAAAGGAGACUAGAACAGUUGCAGACAUUGAGAGCUGCAUCUGGGAAGAAGGUGAAGCACUUGUUGUCAUCUCAUUCGGGUUUGUUGUCUGAGAAGCUGGAAGCAGAUUUACAGAGUGUAUGGGCAACUUUCGAGGAGGCUAAGAUAUUGUUAGGGGUGGAAAACUGAAAUGUCUGUUAAAUCACUGUUUUUAACAGGUCACUGGUGUU